ACACCGCACCUGGUCCCCAGCAACCUCGCGCAGCUCUCGGCUCAAUGGACCCGGCGCUGGCCGCGCAGAUAAGCGAAGCGGUGGCGGAGAAAAUGCUCCAGUACCGGCGAGACGAGUCAGGAUGGAAGAUUUGCCGGAAAGGCAAUGGAGUUUCAGUUUCCUGGAGGCCAUCUGUGGAGUUUCCAGGGAACCUGUACCGAGGAGAAGGCAUUGUGAAUGGGACACCAGAGCAGGUGUGGGACUGUGUGAAGCCACUUGCUGGGACCCUACGAGAUAAGUGGGAUGAGAAUGUGAACAGUUUUGAAAUUAUCGAAAGCAUCACUGAUACACAGUGCGUCAGCAGAACCACCACCCCCUCGGCCGUCAUGAAGCUCAUCUCUCCCAGAGACUUUGUGGACCUGGUGCUGGUCAAGACAUAUGAGGAUGGGACUGUCAGUUCCAAUGCUACCAGUGUGGAGCAUCUGUUAUGUCCCCCAAAGCCAGGUUAUGUGAGAGGAUUUAACCAUCCUUGUGGUUGCUUCUGUGGACCUCUGCCAGGGACCAGUGGUGGACGCCGUUAUCUAGCCCAGCCUUCUCCAUGGGGAGACCAGGUGAUUCCAACAUCUCUCUUUGCCCGCUUUGUUAAUGAUGUCCCAGCGAGAAGCACUCUUCACCGUGACCACUCUAUAAGGGAGCCCGACAAGACCAACCUGAUCACGUUCUUCCAGACCGACCUCAGCGGUUACCUUCCGCAGGGCGUGGUGGACUCCUUCUUUCCCCACAGCAUGGCCGGGUUUUACACCAACCUCCAGAAAGCAGUGAAGAAAUUCUACGGCUGACAUCCUGGCUGGUGGGCCGAGAACUGCCAUGACACGUGCGGAGCUGCCAUUGUUGGGACGCAGCUGGAGAGCCUGGGAGAACGCGGGCUCCUUUGGAACCGCUCUACCUGUGGAACCCACCAAUGACCAGUUCAUCUCCAGGGACAUCAGCCAGAGACAGCCCCGGCCCCUCCUGCUCCUCCUUCCACUUGGGCGGGGCUGCCGUCACCCAGGCACCCCUCCUCCAGCAGGUUGCCCCCCAAGCCCCCCGACCACCGGACAGGGACUCUGCCCGGGCACCGUGCGAUGCUCUCGGGUCCAGAGCCUUUCUGUGCCGAUCACUCUCAGAGACCAUGUUUCCCCGUUUGUUGAGAAGAAUCACCAUCAAUCCCGAAAGCCUGGCUCAGCCCCUUGGUAGCAUUCGAGCUCUCAGUCCUGUGCCACAGAUCCCCGGAUGUGUGUUUCUGAUACCGUGCCAGACUCCCCCUUAAAAGACAUCAGCUUGGCAAAAUGAUGCUUAAAAAAUGAGAUAAGCGUUCAGGAAAAAACACUUUGAAUACU